GCGCCCGGGCAGUGCGCACAGUGGCGCGCGCGCCGCCGCCGCCAUGGGCAACCAGACCUCGGCCGCCUCCGCCCACCGCGCCAGGAAGAAUGUGCACUGGAAGACUGCAGGUCGGCCGGCGGCGCCGGGCAAGCCCGACGUCUCGCCCGAGGAGGAGGAGGACGCGGUGACGCUGCGCUGGGCGCCGCCGCCGCACGACGGGGGCGCGGCGCUGCUCGGCUACCGCGUGGAGUGCAACCGCCUGGGCGCGGCCGAGUGGCUGUGCACGGCGCCGCCCGUGGUGCGCGCGCCCGAGCUGCUGCUCACGGGGCUCGGCGCGCCCGACCGCUACCGCUUCCGCGUCGCCGCGCUCAACGCCGUCGGCCGCUCCGCCUACAGCGAGCCGUCCGACGCGCCGCCGCCCGGCGCCGCGCGCGCGCCCGCCUUCUCCCGCCGCCUGGCGGACGUCACGGCGCUGGAGGGCGACGCCGCCGAGUUCCGCGUGGAGUUCGGCGGCGCGCCGCCCCCCGCCGUCGCCUGGUUCAAGGACGACUGCGAGAUCUUCAGCAGCCGCCGCACCGCCAUCUCCGCGGGCGACGGCGCCAGCGCGCUCGUGUUCCACCAGACGCUGCCGGGCGACGAGGGCGAGGUCAAGUGCACGCUCACCAACCGCGCCGGCCACGCCGCCACGCGCGCGCGCCUGCGGCUCGAGGCGCCGCCGCGCCUGCGCUACCCGCGCCGCUACGAGGACGGCCUGCUGUUCGAGGUCGGCGAGACCAUCGCGCUGAAGGCGACGGUGGUGGGCAGCCCCGCGCCCGCCGUGGAGUGGCGGCACGACGGGCGGCCCGUGGUGGCCGACGCGCGCGUGCGCCUGCUGGCGGCGCCGGGCCGCGCGGCGUUGCGCGUGGCGGCGGCGCGGCGCGGCGACCGCGGCGAGUACACGGUGACGGCGCGCAACGCCAUCGGCGAGGACUCGGCCGCCUUCCUGGUGACGGUGACGGCGCCGCCCGAGCCGCCGCGCGGCGUGGCCGUGGCGCGCCAGGCGGGCCGCGCCGUCACGCUGGCGUGGCUGCCGCCCGCGGACGACGGCGGCUGUCGCAUCGGCAACUACGUGGUGGAGUACUACCGCAGCGGCUGGAAUGUGUGGCUCAAGGCGACGGCGAGCCGCACGACGAGCGCCACGCUGGCCGACCUCAUCGCGGGCAGCGAGUACCGCUUCCGCGUGAAGGCGGAGAGUCCGUACGGCAUGAGCGCGCCCAGCGCCGCGUCGGCCGCCGUGCGCGUGCCGGGCGCGCCGGUGGACGCCGACCUGCUGGCGGCCGAGGCGCGCAUCAUCAGCGAGUCGCUGGCGCGUCGCGAGGGCGAGGCGCCGCCCGUGUCGCCGGCUCCGCGCCGCAAGCGCGCCUCGGCCGUCUCGCCGGCGCCCGCGUCGCCUGCGCCCGCCGAGCCCGCCGCGCCCACCGCGCCCGCUGCUCCUCCACCGCCCAAGCAGAGGCGCAGCUCGGUGCCCGGCGAAGCCACCAGCAACGAGUUCAUGUUGCUCUUGUAUCCAGACUCCGCCAAAUCCACAACAACCAAAUCAGACAAAUCCGAGAAAAGGAAGUCCUUUCAAUUGGAUUUAGAAGACGCGUUGUCUCCGCCUCCCAUAUCGCUGUCGGCGCCCGAGCUGAGCUCCAGGAGUGUCCUGCCCUUCAGAGCCCUCCGCAACGCCGUCUCGUCAACCGAACUCCUCCACGAGCGAGCGAUGGCUCGUUUCUACAAAGCUGUAGCAUUAAAAGAAGGACAAGAGGAACAAAAGAAAAAAGACGAAUCCCCUCCCAAAAGCGAACCCAACCACAUUCCGUACAAAGACGUCGAACUAAACCAAACAUUCGACCAACAGACAUUAACCACAGACACCAGUCCUAAAGUACAAACGCCAGAAAUCCACUUUAAAUCCGACUCUUUUGAUGAAAAUAAAACGAAAACCCAACGACAAAACUCUGACAAUUCAGAUAGAUGGCAACAAAUGUCAUUCGAUGAGGAUUAUACUGCCAGCACGGUCUCCACUGACGGUGACUAUACUGACGAGGACGAAGGAGACAGUCUCACUGAAGAAGUUGGAAGAGAGAGUCAGCUAGCAGAGGAAGAGGAAACUUACCACCCGAGGAAUAAAACUGCACUCCCGCAACAGAUAAGUGAUACCAUAGAAGAAGAGGAGGAAAAAGAACCAGAUAGAGAACCCGUGAAACCUUUACCUUUGUUAGAACCUAAUUUCAUACCGAAGCCGAUUUUGAAGAAAAGAGUACCUCCAAUUCCCGAAACUGCUGCUCCUUUAAGUAUAGUAGAAAAUAACAAAAAGCAUGAUUCUAUCAAAAAACAAGAAAAACUUGAAGAUAAACAGAAAAAAGAAGAGAAAAGAAGUACCUUAUUUCAAAAAAUUACUAAACAAAAACCAUUUAAUUUCCCAAAAUUUAAUAAAAAAGACACCGACAAAACCACGAAAACAACGACGCAAUCUAAAGAAGACAAAUCGACAAAGAAAACUGAAACGAUAGAUGAUAAAUACGGCGAUGAAGGAAAAACAGUAAUCGAUUACUACGGAAACAUCGUAAAAGAAUAUGGCACUACGAAGAGGUCUACUACACCUCUAUAUUUGAAUACGGAAGACCUUAAACAAGUUGCCGAACAACAAAUAAAUAAAGUUACUGAAGCUGAUAAUAACGCAAAAGAAAAAUCUCUGGCACCAGAGCAGCCAAAGAAAAAAAUUGUUAAAAAAGUCACUGAAAAUAAAGUUAAUUCCAUUAAAAAGAAAAGAAUAUCUACUUUAGAAAAACAAAAGACAACGAAACCCGAAGAAAAGGAAACAAAACCGGAAAAGAAUGUUAAUCAACAUUUGUCUAACUCAACUGUACAACAGAAUAGUGGCCAAGCUCCGGUCAGUAAAGUGGUGGACACGCGUGUCGUUCUGAAAACCAAGGAACGAGCGACUGUAGUCAUACCCAUAGAUUACAAAGAAUUAGAAGAAAGAGCCAAAGUGAAUGUUCGCACUGCCAUUGACUACACAGUGGACGUAUGCUUGCUGCUGCUCGCCUUCUGGGUUUACUUCUUCAAGGACGAGAGAUUGGCGAUUCCGUUCUUGAUACUCAUCAUUUAUCGUCAGCUCCAAGAGACUAUUUUCCAAAAUCUACCUGACUGGAUCCGCCGCAACACGCCCCAGUGGCUAAAAAAGAAGACUUCUUGA